AUGAUUGAUGGCGAGGAAUUCAAGGUGGAGUAUGAGAACUUGAAUGAGCUUUGCAUAUAUUGUGGUAUGUACGGUCAUUUAGACGUCAACUGUAUCCGCAAGCCGAAGGAUAAAGAGAAAGGGGAUUUGAGCCAAGGGAGCGGAAUUGCCACGGAGGUCCCAAAGGAUACUUACGGGCCGUGGAUGAUAGUAGAGAAACGAAAAAGACAAAUGCGCCGAAAUAGUGAAAACAAUAUUAAGGAAAAUAUUAUGCCGCCUGGAGGGUCGCGAUUCAAAAUUCUUCAGGAUGCAAAUUUAGAGCUUGAGAAUGAUAGAGAUGAGAGCUUGGCAUUAAUGCCUAUGCCGCUGGCAGCUCGUGAUACCAAUAUUGGGCAUGGACAAUGGACAUUUAGGAAAAACAAAGGGAAACAAGUGAUAAAUGGAGCUAGCAAGUCAGGGCAAGUGAGAGGAGAAAGUUUGAAAAAUUCUAAGCCUGCCAAGUCUACUAUUUGGGAUUUCAUUGAGUAUAAGCAAAGGCAACAAAAUGAAGAGUUAGUUACAAAGCAGCCCUCAACGCUAGACCCGAGAAGCCACACAGUUAUGCGUGGUGACAUGUGUGGUUCAAAGAAAAGUGGAAAAGGCUCCACCAGAGAACCUGAAGCGGACGGACCGGACCCUAAUGUUGAGCAACGUUUGACACAAGCUUUUGGUAGGCCCCCAGAUCGGGAGACGAGAGAAUUCGAUGAGAAUGAUGUGAUGGAGUUGGAGGAGAAUGGGAGCCCAACAGAGGGGUUCGGGAAUGAGUCGGAAGGUGGGUAUUUUAUUGAUGAGCGUGAUGAACGAUGUUCUAUGGACACGCUAGAGCGGGGGGCGAAGAGCGCUCUCUUUAUAAGAGCCUUACAGACUUUGAUUCAGCUGCAUAAACCACAUAUUAUAGUGCUACUUGAACCUCGUAUUAGUGGGAAGAAUGCAGACAACACUAUUAGAAAGAUUGGUUAUCCGAACUCCCACAGGAUGGAGGCUAAUGGGUUCUCUGGAGGUAUUUGGCUGCUAUGGGAUGACUUUUGGCACAUUGAGGUUCUUGACACGAAAAAUCAAUUCAUCCACUGUCGGGUGUGGGACGAAAGAGAUAUGAAUUUCAGGUUUACUGCAGUCUAUGGACACCCUUCUCCUAGCCGGCGUGACAUACUCUGGCAGCAAUUAGCAGAUAUUCAAGUUGCGAGUGAGAUGCCAUGGGUUCUCUUGGGAGACUUUAACUCUAUUGCUCGAGGCUCAGAGAGAAUGGGGGGCUCAGCGAAUCGAAGUGGGGUUAGCCAACAAUUUGUUAGGUGGCUUACGACGUCGGGGCUGAUUGAUCUUGGGUUUUUGGGCCCGAGCUUUACGUGGAGGAGAGGUACUCUUCAUGAAAGGUUGGACAAAGGUCUUUGUAGCUCUGAGUGGCGGUUUGCCUAUCCAGAAGCAUCGGUCUCGCAUCUUGUAAGAUACCAAUCUGAUCACAGACCUCUACUUUUAAAUCUUUGUAGUUUCUCGCCCUCUAUGGUGGCUAGACCGUUUCGAUUUAUCAGAGCUUGGAUGUCUCAUGAGAAGUAUAACGAUUUCGUCACAGAUAAUUGGGGUAGAGGGCAUGAUUUUAUGGAUUCUCUCAAUUCUUUCACAGAAAAAUUACAGAAGUGGAAUAAGGAGGUUUUUGGCAACAUUUUUCGCCAAAAACAAAAAUUAUUAGCUCGUAUUGCAGGUAUCCAGAGAGUACUCGAGCAUAGAGGUGUCCCUAGCCUUAAUGCUCUCGAGAUAGAGUUAAAAGAUGAGUUGGACAAAAUCCUGUUGAGAGAAGAGUCAUUGUGGCAUAAAAAAUCACGUAAUGAAUGGGUUCAUCUUGGAGACCGAAAUACAUCUUUUUUUCAUCUGCAAACUAUCAGACGUCGAAAACACAUCAGGAUAGAGAUGCUUCAGAAUGGAGAAGGUGAUUGGGUUCAAGAUCAAGGUCAGCUUAAGUCGAUGACUGUGACCUUUUAUGAUGACUUAUAUAGUGAAGACAAUCUACACCGAACUUUAUAUGGCCAUCGCAGUUUGUUUCCCUCAAUCAGUUCAUUGCAGGUAGAGGAGAUACGGAAACAAUACACGGCAGAGGAUGUCCGAGCUGCCCUCUUUGAAAUGAAGCAUUGGAAGGCGCCGAGAGUUGAUGGGAUACAAGCAGGUUUUUAUCAAAAGCACUGGGAAACUGUAGGUGGUGAUAUUAGUGCUGAGGUUAUCCGAAUUUUAGAGGGAGGCGAUAUGAAUGCAAGGAUGAAUCAAACUAUUAUUUGUCUUGUUCCUAAAACUAAGGUACCAAAGUCGCUCUCUCAAUUUAGGCCCAUUUCUUUGUGCAAUGUUGUGUACAAGUUGGUCACGAAAAUUAUAGCUACCAGAUUGAAGAAGCUUAUGUCUGUUAUUGUCGGACCCACGCAAUCGAGCUUUGUGGCUGGGAGACAUAUAACAGACAAUAUUGUGAUUGCACAAGAGGCAAUUCAUUCUAUGCGAUCUAUGAAGGGAAAGCAUGGAGUGAUGGCUUUAAAAGUUGACUUGGAAAAAGCGUAUGACCGAGUAAGUUGUGCAUUUUUGUAUGAUACUUUGAAUGAAGCUGGUCUACCGGAAGCUCUCAUUGAUGUGAUUAUGACUUGUGUUUCAACAAGCACUAUGCAAAUUAUGUGGAAUGGGGAUAUAACAGAUUCCUUCACACCAUCUCGAGGUUUAAGGCAAGAUAAUCUGUUAUUAUUUGGGAAAGCUGAUGUAGUCACUGCCGAGAAUAUUGCACAUGUACUGGAUAAGUUUUGUACAAGCUCAGGUAUGAAAGUUAGUACUACAAAGACUACCAUAUCCUUCUCUAAAAAUGUGAAAAAUGCAACUCGAAGGAACUUGAAAGAGUUGUUGGGAGUGCGUGAAGUGGAGAGCUUGGGUAAAUACUUAGGAGUCCCCUUAUUGCAUAUGAGGGUGGAUAAGAAUACAUAUGCUUACAUUGUUGAUAAAAUGAAUGGAAAAAUAGCGAAUUGGACCGCCGGUAGAAUGUCAUUAGCAGGGAGGGUCACCUUAGCUCAAUCAGUGCUGAGUACAAUGCCCAUUUAUGCUAUGCAAACAGCAAGAAUCCCGAUAGGCACAUGUGAUGAUAUGGAGAAAGUGAUCCGAGGUUUUGUGUGGGGUAAAACUGAAGACAAAAAUCGUAUGAGCUUGGUGGCAUGGGAUGCGGUGACCUGCCCAAGAGAAGAAGGUGGGUUAGGAUUGAUAAAUCUUCAUUUGGUGAAUAAUGCUUUUGGUAUGAAGGUUUGUUGGGAGAUAUUCAACAACGCAAACUCUUUACGGGGGAGCAUUCUUUGUUCUAAGUAUAAAUUUGAUCCUCACUCAGGUUUUGACCCCAUAGCUCCCAGUUUAUGUACUCCUCUUUGGCGUUUAAUUUGCAACACUUGGCCUGAUAUGUGGAGAAAUGUUAUGUGGGCAAUAGGAUCAGGCAAAAAAGUCAAGUUUUGGAUUCAUCGUUGGGUGCCGAACAUGAGGAGCUCUCUAUCAGAAGUGGCAGUGAGUGUCAUACCCGAUUAUCUAAUGUACAAGACAGUGGAUUUUUUCGUUGAUAGCUCAGGCUGGGCAUGGGAUAUGUUUGAGCGAUUUAUUCCAGCUGAGGUAGCUCAUAUUAUUGCUGCUACCGCACCUCCAAGCGCAAUGGAAGAAGAUGAUGUAGCUUUUUGGGGACCUUCGUCGACAGGAGACUUCACAGUUAAAAUCGCAUAUGACAGUCAAACGAGAGCGCAUGAAUCAAUAAGUUACUUACAGUGGAUGAGAAUUUGGAAUUGGUAUGGGCCACAACGAAUUAAGACCUUCUUUUGGCUGCUCUUGAACAAUGGUGUGCUAGUUAAUGAAGAAAGGAGGAGAAGGCAUAUAACAACCAAUGAUGUCUGCGGUAUGUGUGGCUUGUACACGAAGAUCCGCCUCCACAUGCUUCGUGAUUGUUUGGAUGCGAGAAGAACUUGGGAAGGUCUACUUCAGUUUUGUGAUAUUGAGGGUUUUUUUUAUCCUUCCCUCCACCUAAAUGACUGGAUGAUUCGCAACAUCAACUCUAAACUUCAAACGGGAAGUGGGGUGAAAUGGUGCACUAUCUUUGGAGUAGGGUGCUGGAAUGUUUGGAAGAACAGGUGUGCAUUUGUUUUGAAUAAUGAAAGAUCGAGCCCGAAAACCGUUAUAUCACAAACUAUAAUUAUGGCAAAGAAUGUGGAGGAUGCGAGAAUGGCUGUUGUAGUGGGUGAACGUUUGCCGAGACAACCAGUGACGGUUUUCUGA